AUGUUUUCGGACAAAUAUCGACAACAAGCCGAUCGAAUGGUCAGAAACAUUUCAUUCAACAGUUACAAUUCGACAAUGAGAUCGAUUCACAGCUUCAUUGUAUUCAUGGGACUUUUCGGGGCAGUUUUGGCUUCAAUCCAAUGUGCGACCACCCAGUGGGGGGUUUUCGCGGAAUGUUACUCGAAUUGGUGCCGAACGUUUAUCAAUCCCGAAGGAAGAAUUGAGAAAGGUUGUGACAUUGGUGGUGAUUGUGAGCGAAUACAGGGACAUCGAUCCUUUUAUCAUCCUGACGGUUAUCAAAACAGUUGCCGAACGAUCAACGGACGAACGUUUUGCUGCUGCAAUUUCAACCAUUAUUCUCUUUACUGGUACGAUCUCUACAAACAGCAAUGGGUCAAUGAAGCUCUCAUUCGUCAAGGAAACACAUCAAAGAUAAAGUUCAUCCAUAAUAAUGCUAGACCUUACCUUGCAAAAAUGACUCAGCAAACACUGGAGAAUCUAGGAUGGGAGGUUUUACCACAUCCGCCGUAUGCUCCCGAUUUGGCUCACUCAGAUUACCUU